UUUGGUCAAGCAACUCAACUCAACUUUAUUUGUAAAGCACUUCAAAACAACCACAGAUGAACAAAGUGCUGUACACAAAUAGGAUAAAAUAAAAGCAGAUAUUAAAAAGUAAAAUAUAGUUUCAAUGUUUUUAAAAACUAAUUUAAGAAUAUAGAAACUAAAAACAAAACAUAAAACACUAAAACAGGAGCCGAAGCCAGUGAAUAAAAAUGGGUUUUAAGACGAGUUUUAAAAAUGGACAGUGUGAGGGCUCGUCUGAUUUGGAGGGGUCGCUCGUUCCAUAAUUUUGGGGCAUCAACAGAAAAAGAUCUAUCCCCUCUGAGCUUCAGUUUGGACCUCAGAACCUCCAGGAGCAGCUGAUCAGCUGACCUGAGGCACCGAGCAGGGGUGUAGGGGUGGAGAAGCUCAGAGAGGUACGAUGGAAACAGGCCAUUUAAAGAUUAAAAAACAAAUAAAAGAUUUUAAAAUUAACUCUAAAAUGCACAGGUAACCAGUGGACUGAGGCCAGGAUGGGAGGAACGUGCUUCCUCUUACAUACUCCAGUUAAGAGCCGGGCGGCUGGAGUGAGAGGGAGGACUGGCUGACUCCAAAGUAAAGUACGUUACAGUAAUCAAAGGCAUGAAUCAUACACAUCACUUGACCUAAAAAUGUGUUUAUAAAUGAUCCUUUUAAGUGACCACUGUUAGAUCAGAGGUUUGGACCUUUGACAGUCAAUCUGAAUAAUUUUCCUGGUGUCAAAUGGGAACAGAUUAGACAGUUAUUCUGAGGGAGUUUAAAGAAGACUUUUCUGUUUGUGCUUGGCUUUCUUUUUGCCCUUUCCUUAUUUGACAUUUCUCUUAUUUCAGGGGUCAUCAGGUCCAAGUCUUCAGGGUUGAAACUGAGAUCGAAAUGGAGCCAAAUAUCAUUCUUUAUACUGUCAUAAAAUCAAACAAUGGUAAAACUCUACAGACGAUGAAUAUUAAUACUCUGUGUGGGGGAUUUAAGAACCCUGGAGUGUGUUUAGUUCUCGUGAAUUACUUAUUGAUAGGUCAAUAGUACACAGAGUUUUAUUAUCCGUUCACAAAGAAGGCUUUGCGUCAGAGGCUGCAAACUCAUUUCUCUCACAUGAUUCAUAUCGACUCCUCAGACUGUCCCUGGACUGAAAUGAAGUGUGGCCGCAGCGGUGUGCCAUCCCGCAGUGAUUGAUGGGACUGUGGGCCUCUGCCCUGCCUGGAGGAGCCUCUCCAAUAAGAGGUCAUCUUCUUCAGAGAUAUGAUGUUCAGAGUCGCGCUGCUCUUCCAUGACCCCUCACAACGACAUGAUGUACGGUGUGUGUGUAUGUGUGCGUGUGUGGUCUGCUCCCUUGCCAUUUAUUUGCCGUGCGCAUGGGAGCUCCAAGCUUUCAGAAGACAUGAUCCUAUUGGACGAGAGAGGGAGUGAAAGAGAGAGAGAAGGAGAGAGAGAGAGGGAGCAGUCUCAGCAGCUCUUGUCUCUCUGAAGGGAGACACACACAAUGCUCGUUAAUACGCUCCAGAUGCCUUCACUGAAAACGCGCGUCCGCUCUCCGUUUGGCUCCCUUCCUGCCGUUUGACGCACGCUGCUGUAGAUCCACCUCAUAUUCAUCUGCAGGGCAUUCAGGAUUAUGGGGCCGUGUGCGAUUCCCGAGCACGUGGAAAGCGUAUUUGCGAGGCCGGUUUCUGCUGCUGCUGCUGCUUUGCGCGCGUCCUGCCCGUGAUGGAGGCGCGCGAAGGAGGUUGUGGUUGUGAUUGCGGUGCAUCGCUGGGAAUGAGUGAGAGGUGCAGAGGAGGAGAUAAUCAAUGAAGACAGCGAGGGAUCGAGUGCGCUCGGACAAGGUCAGAGUCUAGCCUGGGUGAGAUUAUGUCCGUACGGGGACGAGAAGAUCGGACUUUUACGCUUCCACUCGGGGGACAGGGUCGCCUGGGGAUGUCCCAAGAGUUUUUCUUUUCAUGUUGGAUCUCUCUAUCUGCGUGAUCAUGGUUGGGAUUUAUUUCUGACAGCAUAUAAGCUGCGUGAUUCUGCGGUGGAGAUAAAGUUUUUGCGCUCUGGAUGAUCCGCCCGGUCAGUUGAACCCGGUUAAGGUGAUUCAUUAGCGGCUGCUGGAUUAAAAUUCCACCAGAGCAGCAGCGGCAGCAGUCAGCCAGCUGUGUAUGUGUCUCCUCUGCACGGUCACAUCUGUGGUUGUCGUCGCCGCUGUCCAUGGUGCUGAACUCGAGCUCCAGGAAUGGUGGAGACGUUGAGUAUCGCAGUCAUCGGUGCUCCCGGAGUGGGGAAAACUUCUAUAAUCCGCCAGUUCAUCUAUAACGAUUUCUCGGAGGUGUACACGCCGACCAGGACCAGAUAUGUGUACAGACCCUCCGUCAUCCUGAACGGCAACAUGUACGAGCUGAAGGUUUUGGACGUCCCGCCAAUCUCGUCCUUUCCAUCCAGUUCCAGUCAGGUAUCAUGUCUCUGUCUGUAGAGAAAUUUCAAUUCACCAGAGGAAGGUUCAUACUAGCUCAACUUAUCAAUUAAAUAUCACCCAAAAAUGCCGAUUUAGCCUUUUCCACCUAUUUUAUUUAUUCUCCCCGCACUAUCAGAUGUCCCUAGUCUACAAGUCUACUAGUUGCUAUGGAGACCCGACUGACUUAAAGCCUUGGAGAGCUUCACUUUGACGCUGUAAACUCUCUCUUGUGAGGCAGAAAUGCCAGCUUGCAUAUUGUUAUUUUUUAAUCACAGCAUGUCUCCUAUCUGGAGCAGCAUUCUGAGUCAUGCUGAUCUCUCUGUAAUGCCAGCUCUGGUAGGAGAUGGAGGUGGCUUUUAUACACAGGUAAUUAUGGAAAGAUUUGCUGCAGGCAUCACCUGGUUAAAGUCCAGAUUUAAAAAUAGAACAGGCUGCCCUUUUAUUCACGGCUACAGGUCAGAUGCCACACCUCAUUAGCUGCAGACACAUCUGAUUGCAGGGUCAUGUACCACGAGCUCUGAAUGUACAAGGUUUGUUUGCAAAGCAGGGGCAGUGAGAAGUUAAAUCAGGUGUUUUUGAUGCUUUAAAGAUGGUUUAAAUUUUUGCUCUUCAUGCUCUUAAAGUGGGCGAAAACACUCAAAUCUUAAGUGUGUGACUGCACCAGUGGAAAGUGUAUUUCUUCUCCGUUCCUUUCCAGUGUGAGCUGUGACGAGCAAAAUCUAUAAUGUCCAAAUAUCUUUUAUUCACUUUGUUUAAAGUUUUACACGCGUUUUUGAUUCAUUUGUUCCCUGAAUGCGUCUUUCAAGUUUUUAUGAGUGCGCUGCUCCAAACAAAGCGGCCCCCAAGUGAGAUAUAAAGAAAGCUGUUUUAUUGAUUCAGUUCACACCGAGGCAAAGUGAGCCCUCAGCAGUAUGAUUCAGACAUAUUUCAUAAACACCUUUUUUAACUUACACUCUUUAAGUAAAGAGAUUUGGUAAAAUUAAGAGAUAUCUUUAUAAUUGAAUUUAAUUUGACGCUUAAAUUAAACCGAUUUCUUCACAUAAGAAAAGCUUUUAAUUUCAUCUUAAACACAUUAGAGUGAGUGAGAUCUGGUCAGCUUUAAAGGGAUAUUCAGGUGAAAAUUAAUUUAGGGUCAAACACACCGUCGAGAGAUGAAUGUUGCUGACCGCUUGCUUCUCUAGUUUUACCAACUUUAGUAACGACUGCAUGAAAGCAAUACAUGGAGCCGUGCGCUCAACCAAAAUGCCACUCUAUAGCCACAAAUAAUGCUCAGAACAGCACCUAACUUCAUCAACAGGACAUAUAGGGUCCCAGCCAAAGAGACUAAACACAACUAACCCACUCUCUUCCAGCAGCCGAUUGUAGCAAGACCUCAGGCCAGUCCAUUAUGGACUACAGUGGGGUUUCGCAGCUCAAGGAAGAACAUUUAUGAUCAUUUCUUCAUGGAAAUGCAAUCAGACCGAGAUGCUAAGGCAGAAGGACUGCCAUGUCUGCAGUGCAAAAUGAUUAAUGUGAUGAUUAUUACUACAAGGAAAUGAUAAAGAAAUUAUCAUAAAUGUUCUUCCUUGAGCUGCGAAACCCCGCUGCAUUAGAUGGACUCGCCUAGAGGUCUCACUACAAACAAGCGGCUGCUGUAAGAGAGUAGGUGAGUUGUGUUUAGUCCCUUUGCUAAAGAAGUGGCUAGGACCCUAUAUGUCCUGUUGAUGAAGUUAGGUGCUGUUCUGAGCAUUAUUUGUGGCUAUAGAGCGGCGUUUUGGUUGAGCGAGUUACUAAAGUUGGUAAAACUAGAGAAGCAAGUGGUCGGCAAAAUUCCUCUCGCCACAGGGUGUCUAACUCGAUGUGUUUGACCCUAACUUAAUUUUACGCUGGAAUAUCCCUUUAUAGUCCCAUAAAGUGUAAAUGAAGUCUAUGUAUGUGUGAGUGUCAAAGGUCACUGGGUUUUGCAGCGUCGACUCUAAGCUUCAGCUGACUGGAGGUGUUUGUUCACCUCACUGCAGCCUCAGCGGAGGGGCUUUCAAGAUAGAAAUCUCCAAGGUCACCACACCUGACUCUGCUUCUAAACAUUUCCCCAAUUUUUCUCGCUCUUUUAUUCGCACGCAGCCCUCCCUGUAACAGCUGUGGUUAUCUACACAGACGAGGUGCCACUGAGAAAAUGAGAUCAGGCCGGAGAGGAAACAAACAAAAAAGGAAAGCUUGAACGUGAGCCCACCCGUGUUGAUGUGGAAAACAUCUGACAGGAGGACUGAGAGGAGAUCUUCAGUCAGGCUGCUGAGUUACAUGUAGCUGCUCUGCUGGAUUUAACAUUUAGUUAUAGAGACUUAAGAGGUCUGCUUCAUUGUUUCCUGUCCGCAGAGACCCUCAGUGAAGACAUCCUGAUUGAGUUUCUUCUUUCUUCUACUAAACGGUGCUUAACCCUCAUUAGGGAACGAGCGCGGUAAAGCAGGUGUGAACAGAGAGACAAGAAGAGUCCGCUGAGUGUGAGAAGAGCCUCCACGUUUUGAUGGAGAACUUAGGUUGACUCCAGAGUGUGGUUCCUGCUUUGUUGAAGGUAGACCGGCGGAGAAAACCAUUAGGAGGUUUCAGCUCUUACAGGUCUCACACACACAGAUUUAUGGUUUCUCAUUUGCAGAGGAAUAACCCUCAGAGGCGAGCUGCACCUUCUCCUCUCUCUCCUCCCGUCCUGCUCGCUCUUUGUCCUCUAUUCUCGCAGUGAUGAGACAGGGGGCAUGUUUGACUCACAGCCUCCGGUCUGUAUUUACCCAGCACACCCUGGGUCAGGGGCAGUGGAUACAAUAGGCACUCUCAUAAAGAAACCUUGAUUGAAAUUUACUUGCAGCACACAGCAGAUUGAAUUAAAGCACAGGUCCCUGCUAGAAACCCCCCCGGGAAUAAAAGACCAACAGAGGAGACAGAAGGAAUUUGCUGCAGUCAAUUAGUAAAGGUUGCACAGAGUUUAAUGGACAGCAUCAACGUAAGGACGACCAAAUGAGGUUUUCUAACGUCCUCUGAAAUUAGUGAUGAAUAAGCUGCAGGAGUGGAGUGAGUCAGUACGCCUCCAUGCCUGUGCAGCAUGUCAGCGUCUUAUCUGUUCAGAUUAUAUUUGAAGGAACAACAGUAAUGUUCUGGCACGCUACUCGUGACCUCAUUUUGAGCACGUAGACAGCCAUUUUUAUUCUCUUCCACACAAGAGACGGGGAAAGAUUUCUGUUACUUCACUGCGAGGUGGCUGAGAUGUGUAAUGAUUUGUUUGUCUCGUGGUGAAUCUGUCUGUUGCUGAUAGCCUUGCAUUUAGACAGCAUCUGUUACAGGAUGCAAUGACAGAUGGAUUUGAGUUUGACAGCAAAUUCAGCGGUGAUUUUUUCCUUCUUCUUUCUUUCUGUUGUUCUUUGCCAUCACGUAUCUCUGUGACUUCCUCCCACACAUAAUGCUCCAUCUUCCUCCCCAGCUCUUUCUGGACAUUUUUCUCUGUUAUCUCUGUAGAUCCUCGCUCUGAUAACAGGCUGGAAAUGAUAGCUUUUCCUGUCAAAAACUGCAUCAAUUUGACUCUCACAGAUGUGUGUAUGUGGAGGUGUACCAAGCUUUGAAGUAUUUGUUUGCCGAAGCUUCACUUACAUAAGUUGUUGUUGGAAAAUAAGCAUUACACAACUUACUGUAAGUAAAUGAAUCACGCCGUGUUCUUAAAAUAGAGCCUUUUAAAUGUGAUAUAAACAGUUUGCAGGGAUGAGAAGUAUCUCAUCAUAAGCUUACUUAGAGGGGGGAGUUUAAUCAUUUUGAGAGGAGAGGAUGCUCAUUUGUUUGAAGAUAGAUGAGAGGGUCCAUGUCUGUGAAUUUAAAGCUCCUGUGGGGAGUUUUUUAACAUUAAUGAAAUAGACUAAAAUUCUUAUUAAUCCCUUUUUAUGAUACAAAAAACAAUCAAGACCAUCAGCAACAUGAUUGGAGAUUUUCGUUCCCUAAUUUCGAAUGCCUGAAACUGGUGUGAGGAGGUAGGUGUUAGUGUUGUCUCAUUCGUGAACGAUUCGUUCAAAAGAACUGAAUCUUUUAAGUGAACGUACUGAACUGAAUCACUUCCUACAGUGAUUUGUUCGUUUCUCACUUUAGUUGAGCUGAAAAGAGAAACAGCAUUGCCAGGCCAGUAACCGGGGAACGAGGGACCACAUGCACCGACGCCUGAAUCACUUGACGAACGAAUCACUACCUUUUUUUUUUCACUGCUAAAUUGCAACCACAACAACUUGCAUCCAAUAGGACACAGCAUGUAACAAGUAGUGCAUUAAACCCGCAGCAUCCUAUCAUUGCAGCGGUUUGCGACGGAACGAUGCAAGUUAGCAGAGACAGUACUCUUCUUUGGUUUUCUGGUGUUUUUUCAACGAUUAACCAUCAAGAUCUUUCUGGCCAAGCCUCUUUCUCUCAGUGUGCUGCCGUUGUUUGCACUUUGACUCUGACUUGAGGAGUGUGAGAGUGAGAGGAGUUCAGAAACAACUGUCAAGUAAGGGUUAUUAGCUGUUUUCGAGGGGAGAUGUCUAUUAAUGCACAUAAACUAGAGCUAAAUGGUGAUUAAAUGACUCAGGGUGUGAGCUGAGCCGUAUUAUGCUGGAUUUUAUUUUAGCCUUUACCCUUUUCCUGCAAACAGAGUCAUAUUUUUAGCCCAGCAUUGCCAGGAAGAUUCGCAAAUGUGAGGCUGUGUAGAAAUUGUAUUCAGUCUGUGACCGGAACGCCCCAGUACUACAACCGUUCCAGCAACAGAUGUGAUUGUGGAUGAGAGCCAAUUUGAUUGUUCACACAAGUGUUUAUAAGCACUAUAACCUGUCCGGGCUUGCUCCUUCUUAACCCCACACUUUAUCCCAGACUCUCAGAUCCUCUGAUCAGUGCCUUCUGACUGUCCCUAGGUCAAGACUGAAGUUCAGGGGUGACCGAGCCUUUUCAUUACUUCGCCUUAGCUCUGGAAUGUUCUUCCUCUUCAUAUCCGACUCUCCCGCUCACUGCCCGUUUUUAAAUCAAACUUGAAAACGCACUUUUACUCUUUGAGCUUUGACUCUUGAGAACUUAGCCUUUUAAUCAUGUUUUUAUUGAACCAUCUAUAGCUGCGUUUACAUGGGUGCAAAUAAUCUGAAUAAAAAUGCGUCAUGAAGAAAUUGUCUUCCAAUCGCGAGGGGUGGUUUAUGCUGAUCGUUAUUCCGAUACCUUGUUUGUUGGUUUGUUGACAGUACAGGCGUAAAUACAACUCUUCUUCUUCUGCAGUAGUUUUAGUGAAAUCAGACAACUCUGCGCAUGUCCGAACGCUUCUAAUCUGAAUAAAACUUUGUGCAUACGCACAUCAUGAUCGGAUUAUUUGAUUUUGGAUCAAGAAAUGUUGGUCCUGUGUUUGUUUUUAUUGUUUUUUAAUUUUUACUGUACAGCACUUUGGUCAGCGUUUUGUUGUCUUUUUAAAUGUGUUUUAUGAAUAAACUUGGAUUGGAUUGGAUCCUAUAGGCCCAACUGUAUACUGUGAGAACAGCACCCUCUGGUGACAGGCUGCAGUAUAGGUCAUAAAUCCCGCCUCCUCCAGCAAUCCCUAUGGAGCUGUGGACAAACUUUAGAACUUUAUUACACAGAACAUAGAUGUUUCUCCCCCCGGUUGUGAUGUUGACAUGUAGUUACCGUAAGACUGGUUUGUGCUCAAGUCCUCUUUUUUCUUUUGUCUUUUAAAAGUUAUUAGGGGUUUCAUGUUUUCAAUGAUUGACACCUGAUACAGCCUAUGGGCGUAGGAAGAUUGCGUAGCUCACCCCGGGGUUACGCUGUUUGAGCUAAGCGUCAUCACAGCGACUCUACCGCUGAAUCGUACGAUGCUACUGCGCAAUGUUGGUUUCAGUAAGUGAAGAAAAUACAGAGAGCUUUUCGGCUUCAAAUCCAUAUACCGGAAGGCGGAACCAAGUUGUCCACAGUAUAUACAGUCUAUGGACCCAGCCUCAGGACUCAGGACAGAUGACAACCAAACGCUUCAGAGAAAUGAAAUCAUAAAUUCUGAGACUGAAGGACACGUUUUACACUUUAAGUUUCCCCGUAUGAGUCUGUAAAGGAAGAAACAAGUAGCUCGCCGUCCCCUCAUGUCAUCUCAAGCAUGGAGAAUAAGUCAUGAGGACAAUCAGGCGGACACGUGUCAUUGGCUGCCUGCUAUAGGUCACCACUGAGUAAUGGGAGCCUCAUCUCCAGGGGAUAUGGUGCAUUUAAAUUUUGAAUUGGCAACCUCAACCCACGUGUGACUAUCUUUAAGUGCUCAUCACCCUUCCCCCAACAGGUUACUCCUCCUCGCAGUGGCGCUCAAGUAUUGAUUCAUCGGAGCCACUCAGUCAGUUAAGCUGCAUAUCUCCUAAUAUCAGGAGACAUGGCAGCUUUGUCAAAGCUGGCUAAAAAGUGACCACAGCCUGCCGUUGUCAGGGAAACAUGAACUGUUUGGCUCUUGAGGAGCAAUAGAUGAGAUGCUCUUUUUUUUUUUUUUUUUGCGCUCAGUGUGAAGAACGACUGGAGGAUACAGACAGUGGCACCACACGUUCACGCUCCCACGGGCACAUUCUCACAUCCUGCAAGCGCACACAAAUAAACAUGCCCCCACAUGCAUUUUAAACACGUUUCGUUUAAGUUUCUCAGCCGUAUACCGCUACACUCUCUUGUUUUCCUGACCUGUUUUCUUAAUUUCUACAUUUCGCCUCUUGUUUGGCUUGAAAUGCUGUUCCUGUUUUCAGCCCCUCCUCCACAUUUAAAAACAGGACUUGGAUGACAAAGAGAUAUGAGAUGAGAACACAAGCUGCUAUUUUUAGCCACACAGGGAUGUGAGGCUUCAACUGAAGCCACGGCGUGCAUCUCACGUCGACAAUUGCUGCAAUUAUCAGGAGAAUGGUAAGCUGUGAUAAUAUGUGUGUCUUGUUUGCGUUGCAGAAAAGGUGAAUAUUCCCUGAGUGAUUCACCUUCCUGCCAUGACUUCAGAUCUUAAAUAGCACUGGACGCUGGAGCACAAGUGACAGGAGAUUGCAGUGGAAAUAAAAACCUCUUUACAGAUUGUCCUCUUUGUAUAAAAACUGAUUCAACCCGGAGAAAAAAGAAACAAUCCUCUUCUAUUCUUUUGCUUUCUCUUUCACUUUGAUGGCCGUGAUCCUCUUCCCACAUAUUUUUUUUGCGCUUGAUGGUCCUCAUUAUCUCUCUGCCGAUGUGUGAGGCUUUUUCUUCCCCCUCUCACCUAAACACAAACCCACCGACGCCUUCCUCCAAUCUGAUUGAAGGCAAAUUACCCCUCUGUGACACAGAUGUGUUAGUGUUAUCAUCAUUAGAAGCUGUACUGAUCACUCCCGGCUCCCUAAGCCUUCCCUGUGACAGAUUGUCACCUCGUCUUUUUUGUGCAGAAUACCUGCAUUGCAUAUUGAUUCGAAAUGCACAUUUUCUUCAAUCAGGAGAGCGUGGUUAUCGAAUUUCUCACAUUUCUAAUAUCAAUCACAUAAGCUGUUGCAGGAGGUAGAAGAGGGAGCAUGCACGCCACGAGUAAAUCGACUUGAAAUGGAUCAAAUAUAUCACCAUCACACACUUUGCAUUCAGGAUUUGUUGAAGCUUGUUGAAGGCGUACAAAGGAAAAUGUGUAAUAACUUUGUUUUUAAAGCGACACAAUCAGGAGACUAAUCAAUCUCUGCCUGUGAGGCGCAUUAGUCUUGGAGUCAAGUGAUCAACAACAUCCAUAAAAUCAACGUCCUCGGUAUGUGUUUAUAGAUGGGAUUAUAUUUGGGCCUAAAUUCUGAAACAAUAAAAAAAUAGGGCAAUAAUUCAAUGUCAGGACCACAAAGUAAAUCAGCCUUGAAAAAGGAUCAUGGCUCGACAACUCUCACGUUAGAAAAAAACAUUUUGGAGACGAUACAGCGAAGCUACUUCCUUCCUUCCCCUGCCUGAUAAGUCACCAGACCCGGCCAAGAAAUAGCUCAGCAAUUAACCCCCUCUUAAAAUCUAAUAUGCUUCAUUUACUGGUUUAACGAUCAAACCGGUGACAUAUGACACAUUUUCAUCUGUAAAUUUUGAGGGAGUGAGGAAGCAGCUGUUCCAGGAUGUACCUCCACUUUUAGUGAAAAGAUGCUGUGCAAACACCAGAGAAAGCUCUGACUAAGCCCAUCGUGAUUCUGCAAAAAAAAGAGGAAAACAGACUGUGUUUCAUCGAUCAAAUUAAAGCCAGGAGUGGUGAUGAACAAGCUCUCUCACUUCUGUGCAUGUCUGGGUCUGGUGCCAGAUAAUGAGUAAACCGUGUAUCUACAGCUGUGUCUUUAUCUGACCAAGAAAAACUCUGAAAUGGCUUUCCAUUUUUCUGUGUUUGAAACACAACCUGAAGUGUGAAGCACACCUUCAAUCAUCCUCCCGAAAUCCUGCCAAGCAAGACUUCCUGCCUCUUACAGGCCAAGUUCCACUGGCCUAAAAGAGGAAGGAUAGAAAUGAUUGAUUAUGAUGGAAAAAUUAACUUUAAUGUAACUCAAGAAAAGGGAAAAAUGUUUUUUCAGAUGAGCUUUUGAUUAAGUUUGAUCUUAAAUGUGUCUACAAUACUCAGGUUUUGAUGUUUAGCACCAGAUUUCCAGCUGGGUCUGGGACAUGGGUGCAAGAGGAUUGCUGUAGGUCUUGUCUAUGACGGGUUAUUUGAGUUUUUGCUUGAGCUUCUCAAAAAUAUCUAAAUUUCCUUUCACAAGUUGGAUGGCUGUGCGAAUUGUUGGUGAGUUUGACGGCAUAUUUAAAGUCCCACUCUGAUGAAAAUCAUGUUUUUUGGCAGACCCAAACAGCAGGAUCAGAAACUGUGAGAUUUCAUACAUCACAAACCCAAGCUCCGCCCCCAGAGUCCCACUAUGCAGGCCAGGCUUGGAGAAAUAGAGAGGACGAUCGCGGAACAAUGCACGAUUGUCUUCAUGUCCCUGAAGACAAUCGUGUCCGAGAGCUAAAUAGCUCCUGUGUUACCUGUUUCUUCCACUACAGCGGCAAUGUUCGGCUGCAAGCUAAUUCAAGGAGGAGUGUGCUGAGCAGCGCUGUCUCCUCCCACGACUCGGAGGUGAAUUGCUGAUGAUCUGCUGGAGCUCUGCAGAAAAAAAGUCUUUGAAAAUGACACAGACGUCUUGAUUUUGGCUUAAAACUUUAUAAUCACAGUUUAAAGAACACUGAGAACACUUUAAGUAGGAAAAAAAAACAGUGGGAGUGGGACUUAAAGCGCCCUAAAAAGGUAUGCAUUUAGUUGGGAGGAUAAAGUCUUCGGGUUUCAAAGUGGGUCUUUAUAUCCUCGAUGUUUUUGGCCUCACAGAACAGGGAUAGAGUCUUUCGUUUGGCAGCAGAGCUAAUGAUUUCCUUGCAUGGUUCAAAGUCAAAAGCACAGAGUAGAUUUGACAAACAGACAGUCCUGUUUGAUCAUACUUUUAUAGGCAGAUCUAGUCCGCUCAUAAAACCAUGUCACUUUUCCAGAUCAGUGCUGUCACUGUUACAAACACAUGACAGGCUAUUUGAACUGACAGAUAUAAGUAAAUCCGAUUGUAUCAAACAAAUGCUGAAGUCUGUUUUUGUUUUAAGUCGGUGGUAGAGUACAAGAGUGUGUAUUGACCCUUUAUUCGGACUCUUUAAUACAUCAGAGGAGUAAAAAGUAAAAGGUGCAAAGAAAACCUUCUGUGUAGUAUCAGCUGUUUGCCAGCUGUAUGAAUUUGAAUGAGUCUGAAUUGAUUUCAUAUUCCAAGUUUCUGACAGUCUCCGGGUCUCAGGACCUUCGUUAGCAGAGUGCGAGCCCCCCAGAGGUUAUGUUGACACUGUUUCUGCUCAUCCCUUGAUCCCCUCACUGCUGCUUUUCUCAUCUUUUCGACAUUCCCUCAGGGAUGCGUCUGUUUUCUCAUUUCCCUCCCUCAGCAGAUCUUUUCUUCCCAGCCCAUGAUGUUCCUCUGUUUCCUGCGUUCUCUUUUAUCAGAUCAAAUGCUUAUAAAUUCAUUGCAUGCUGUCGGAGGCGGUGUCGGCGGUUGAGGUGGUGGGUUGAAAAAAGCUCUGAGAAACACAGCAUGAAUAGAAGAAUAGGUCGCUGGCUUUCUAUUGAAGCUACGGUCCCCAGUAAGGUUCAAAAGUGUCCUCUUAUGUUUUAAUUGUGCUUUCAAGCUUAUUACCAUCAAUGAUUGUUACUGUUUGCCCUGCCGCAUGUGCACUCUCUUUAAAAGCUCGGUCCUGCUGGAAACCAAGAGUUAGACAGAAGGCUGUGUGUUCUUAUCUUUCAUAAGCUGCACCCUCUCUCUGUCCUUGAACAUGUGUAGCUGGGGCACUGUGCAGGGCUUACUGCCGGGGCCACCGCGUCACCGUGUUUUAUAACUAUUUCGGGAGCUGUUAUACUUCGAGAGCCAUGAAUGCUCCAGGACUUUAUCGACUCUGCGCUUUUUUCUCAGAGGCUAAGCGGAGGAGGCAGGCAAACUAUGACUGAGUCAAAACGCCUGAGAACAACUUUGCAGAGACACAUGCCACAGACUGUGACUUUACCACGAGUCUGUUCUAUAAGCAGAUGCUUUAAACACUGGUGGAUCUCUGAGACUGUGGUGAAGAAAUGUGCUGUGGUUCGGUUGGUAACCUCAGCCUAGUCUAAAGAUAGUAUAACUGUGAUGUAUGUAUUUUUAUUUGCAAAAACUUUAACUCUCUCAACAACAAAUCAGUGUCACACUUUAUAUUGAAAUUUGCACAUUUAGUAACUCGAAACACUCUCUGAAGCUAGGGCUGGGCGAUACGGGAAAAUAUAGUUUUUUCAUAUCAGUCAAUAUCAAUAUAUAUCAGGAUAUUAAAAAAAUCACUUGUCAAUCUUAAAUGUUCCCUGUUCGAUGAUUUGUCUUAAGGUGUUGCGCUAGAGAAAGCGAACUGAAUGGUUGGCUGUUUCGGCUGCACAGGCGCCGUGGGCUCCUUCGUAAACUCUUGCAUUGCGUGUGCUCUGCCACGUGGCACUGCUUCAGGAGGUAAAAAAAAAAAGUGAGGUAUUCCACGACUUUGCGAAAACAUGUACUUGAUAUGAUUUACAGUGCUCAUUACUCUGCUUCAUGUCCGACCUAAAAAAAAAAUUACUACCUCCACACCACCGAUGUUUUGUUGACGAUGUCGUCAUCUGUUGAGCCUUCAUCUGCAUUUCUGCUGGGGGUAGCAUUCAUUUUCUUUUUUCUUACCAACAGUGCUGUCAGCUUUACAAGUGGCGUGUUAUGAUUGCAGCCUGCUACUACGCAGUUGUUCUCUACUUGGUUCUAAUUCAGCACAUGAUUGGUUCAGCGCAAAGCGGACCCGGAGCAACUCCCCUUUUCAUUGGCUAUUAGGACUAUCAAAAAGCAUAUUGACUGUAGCGACUACUUUCCUUCAACAAAAAAGGCCGCUGGGGUUUAGGUUCGCUUGCAUCUGUGACGCGUUCAAUUAUCAGUCCAGCUUUAGUGUUAAAAAAGUGAUUUAUUGUUCAAGAAAGAAAAGAAAACAUGUUGAGCCAGGUCCAAAACUUUGCCUUGGAAUGAAAAGGUGAUAUGCUGAAAAAGGGGUUAAAACAGGAUGAAUGAAACGGUGAAAAAUUAUGAAAAAUGAUCAACAGUAUCAGAGCUUAUAAAGGGUCAACAGAAAAUUAUCAGAGCUUACCACAACUGUGUACCCAUUAGAAAUCAUACUUUCAACAAAUAUAUUUUGGCUCCUACACUGACCAUGCUAAUUUCCCUUGAUCGAUAUCGAGGGAAAUUAAUUUUUGAUAUACAUAAUUAUCAUUUUUUUGCCCUGCCCUAUCUUCAUGGACUACAGUCAGAUUUGGCCUGAUUGCUGGUUUUGUAGAUCGAAAUACAUUAAAUGUUAUUCUCAUUCUUUAACUGUAUAUCUACUCGGUCCAAUGCUCACGUUUCUGUCUGUGUGUCUGUAUCUAUUAGGAGUGGCUGGAUUUGCGCUGCAGAGGAGUUCGCAACGCCAACGCCUACAUCCUGGUGUAUGACAUCUGCUGUGUGGAGAGCUUUGAAUACGUCAAGAUGAUCAGACAGCAGAUAGUGGAGCACAGGUAUGGACGUGCAUACCACCGCUGACAUGCAGCUUGUUAAGUCUGACUGGUGAUUUCUAUAGACACCUUCACACCAACCUUUCAGAGUCAGCAGGCAUACAAAACUCUUCAAUUACCCGUUUUUGACAGUGUGACGGUGAUGGUUUGUCUGCUUGCUUGUGGAUAUCUUUUAAUCCAGCACACUCCGCCCUGCAUCCUGACAGUUUAGUAAUGACAUUUAACGCUGGCAUUACUGCAUGAGAGCUGCCUCAGACACCGCUGCAUCCCUGCUGAAUUAAAGAUAAUUCUCAGGAUGGUUUUGGUUUUUUGGGGACCAGAAGAGCCUAGGUCUCCCUCCAUUAAAGCCAAGAGAAGAAAACACUGGGUGGAAAAGGCAAGAAAGGCACAACCUGCUCAGUCGUCCAUGCUGUUGGCAUAUCUGCAUAUAUUUACAUAUUGAAAGCAAUAGGUGGCCUCCUUUGCGCUACUAUGUUCUAGAUGAAUAAACUGCCAGCAAAGAUCAUCCCCACCUUUCUGCAGCUCCAAAUGUGUUACCAUGAAUGUUUAUGGUCCAUGACAGAAAACCAUUAUCACCAGCAGCUGGGGGAGCAAGGGUGAGUGCGAGAGGAAUGAAAAACAGCGGAAAUGUCUGCUCAUACUGCAGGAAAGGAUCUAAGGUCACAGUGGAGGAGGGGAGGAGAGAGCAAAGAGGGGACAGAUACAGUUUUUAUACUGUCAUCAUAAAGGACGGGGCUGUAGAUGUCUGUUUCUGUUUAUUUGAAUCAAAAACACACAUUAAAUCCUGCUGACAAAAUCAAUAGAAAACAAACCUAAAUGCAGAUUUUCUGUUUUAUCUGUGUUGGCUGUCCUCACGGAGGAAAAAAGACUACGCCAAUGUUGGCUCUAUCACUCCAGUCUUACUCCUGCAUCUUCACACACAAACACCACAUCACGUUGCCCCAACAAACCGAAGCUUAAAAAUAUGUGAGGAGAUAUUUUUAAGUCUGUUAUGUGAGCGCAACCUGUGAAGAGCAGAAAAGUGAGAGGAUAACUGCAGUGUGCGUUCCAAACCAACAUCUUGAAGAACCUUGUUUCAGAGACUCGAAGAUUUGUACUGUACAUUUCUCUCGUUUGUCUUCCUUUCUGUUGAGCCGUCUGUCCAUCUGUUAAGGCAGACAUGCAAAUACGCGUAAGUAGGCAAAUCCUCGUCAGACAAUAAGGCCUGAUGUAACAAAGAGAAAGCUUAAUUCAGAGAUAGAGGAAGAGCUAAACUGUUCAUGCAGCAGCUUUAAGAAUUUACACCACGUUAGCAGGUGCCUUAGGCUCACACACACACCGCUGCUCAUCCAAGGUUCCCCAAGGUCGCUGAUUUAAUCAUUAGUCAUCAAUAAAUCGGAAUAGAUCUCCUAUAAAUGUUGAAAAACAAUUAGAGUGCACAGCUUUUCUGCUUUUGGCAUCGAACCACACAGAAAUUCAGAAAAGUGUUUGACAUCAGGUUCUUUUAAUCAAGCUUCAUUAUUUUUCUCCUCCGUCUUCAGUUAUCUGUUUCUUUUAUUCUGUUUAAUAAGCUCAAGUAGACGAUCUUUUACUUUUAUUUAGUGUUCAGGUUUGCUUUCCAAACUGGAGUCUUUUUACAAAAAUGGUUAUGACUGAGCAGCACAAACACGGGUCUAAAAUCAUUUAUUUUUCCCUACCUAUGGCGGUGCAUCCUGUUUCACACCACAGAGUGCUGUAAACCAGUUGCUGCUGAGUGUGGUGGGAGGCCCCUUGAGCCUGUGAGCUGUAAUCCUCCGGUCCACCCCCGCACACCUCAGGAAGGAGGGAAAAACACAGCACAUAGACAUCUUUCACACCUCCAGUAACCCACUGUGACAAACACCAACAUGAUAUCUAUGCUUUCUGUAAUGACCCCUCUUUCUCUUGUUUUUUUAAUUAAAUUUUUAUUUUUGUUUUCCACACACUCCUACAGGGAAGGUAGCAGUAGUGAGGUGCCAAUACUGGUGGUGGGCAACAAGAGAGAUCUGCAGCGACAGCGCUUCAUGCCUCGCAGGGCCGUGUCAGUCCUGGUGAAAAAGACAUGGAAAUGUGGCUAUGUGGAGUGUUCGGCCAAGUUCAACUGGCACGUAGUCCUGCUCUUCAAAGAGCUGCUGGGCAUUGCUGUGGCGCGGGGCAUGCGCCAGAACCACACCUCUAUCCGUCUGCAAGGGGCACUACAGAGGAACCGCUGCACCAUCAUGUGACCCUAAGAGCCCCGUCCACCCCCUCCCUCACCUUAAGCGAGGAGUGGCAGUGGAGAAAAGGACUUCUUAUCUAAAUGGCUGGAAACAUACCCUGUGGCCUCCUGCUUUACUGAGCUGAUUUUUCAUAAUGAGGUUUAUUAGACUCUUGCGCUGUAAAGACACUAUAACUCCACACAUGGUCAUCCAACCACUUCCUACUCGAAAUCUGCCAAAUGUUUAAGUGCAAGGAAGUAGAUAGAGGUAGAGGAAGCUGGUGAAAACCUGUAUGACUAGAAUAGCACAGUUAUUUUUGCUCACAUCAUCUAGACAGCCACGGGUUUGAGGCUGUGCUUCCCAAAACGACACAGCAGCAGAUGUAAAGAGGGUUAAUUGUGGCCUGACAGGAUGGAAGCUGUGAUUGUCAGAUUAAAAACAGAGAGGCAGCAAUAUCAUCGAGUCUUCCUUUUGAAUUGAUCAUAUUCGGAAAAAUGUCAAGCACACGCUCAUACCCGAUAUGUUUGGAUUUCUUUGAAGAUGUGUGGUGAAAAGUCGACAAGACAGAUAAAAAAAAGAUCAAAAAACAGCUUCAUUGCUCGGAGAGACGAUGAAGAUAUGUACAGAUGUGAUUAGAUGGAGUUUAAUUUUAGAUUCUAAGGAAGUAGCCCGAUUCGUUUUUUUCCCCCUUGUCCUUAUUUCAAACUUUCUCUGAAGUAAAAGCUGUUUGUUCAAAUGAAGGUUAUCUUGCAGCUGAAAAUGCUGCAGUCCCUUUCACAAUAUACCGUAGGGCUUUAAUCUGCUCCCUCCCCUCACUCAGUAUGUCUGUUUCAGAUGAAUACAUUAAAUCCAGGGAACUUGGGACCUGCAGGAGGUUGCAGAGCCUGAAACAAGAACCUGUGCACGCAGUGCUGAUGCUUGUGAGUGUAUGUGUGUGAAAACGAGAGAGAGAGAGAGAGAAGGAGUGAGGGAGAGUCAGACACAGAGGCAGGUUUGAUAGCUGACAUUCAGACAAGCAAAGGACAGACUCAGCAUGAUAAGACAGAUGUUGAAUCUUGGAUUAGGAAGGAGCAAUAAAAUCCCAUAUAGUCCUAGCUGACCAUGUACCACUAUAUUUACUGAAAAUGCCUCACGUACAAUAGAUGAACUGCACUCGUGCUCAGAUUUCAUGCAGAAAUAAGGAAGCAGAUCUCAAUGACUCAGCCCAUGAGUGCAUCACAGACAGACACACAGGGAACCUUAAUAAAGCUUGCAUAUCAGUAUUCACUCGGUAAAAUUGUGAGAAUUGCAGUUGCUUUUCAUUUGAUUAGGCCUAGCUAGGUGGUAUUACAUGGCUGCACUGAAAGUACGCAGACCUAAUGUAUAUAGGAGUGAGUCAUAGAGUUAUUGAAUUGCAUGCUUUUGUUGGUAGAGCCAACGGGUCAGGGUUAAAUUGCACUGAUGUGAAAAUUUGAUAUUGUGUUUAAUUUUUGUAAUACAUGGUUUUCUGACACUGUAAUGAGCAGCUGUGUGGAGUGAAUGUGGUUGUUUUUCACUGGCAUGUGAGAGCACAAGCUCAUGACUCUAUCCCGAGAUGUAGAGCUGAUCCUAAUAAGGACAGAUGGCUAUGUUAGAUUUUUUUAGUGACAAAAAAAAGACAUAUGUAGCAGAGAUAUACUAGAAAGCAACUGUGUGUAGCAUGAGUUCUCAUCAGUUUGUCUGCUGCGCAUUUCCAAAUAAAAAGGGCUACAGUUUUUUAUCAGAGAUGUUACCUGUAUUUAUUUAUUUUUACUGUGUUAGUACUGUGAGUAAAUC